UUUCUAAGCUCCGUGAAGAAGAGUUUCGUAGGGUUUUAGGGUUCGUUUCGAGCAUGAAGGCAGUGCCGGUGAGUGAAGAAUUAGGUUUAGAAAUGGCUUCCCGUUGUCAGUUUUGGCUUCCAAAGAAGAACAGAUUCUGUGCGAAUUCUCCCAUUAACGAUUCCAAGUUUUGUGGUAAUCAUAGCUCGAGAGCUGAUACUCAGUGGGUUCCAUGUCCUGUAGACCCGUCUCACUCUGUGCUUCGAGAAAAUCUUGAAUGGCAUGUAAAGAGGUGUCCGUUAUUGAAACAAACUCAAUCCUUGGCUGUCCAACCGUUCUAUCAAAAGGGCAUCAAUGCUGGGGAGGAGGAUUCGAUAUCGUCCGAUGAAUUGGCUUCGGGCUUUUCAGAUAGCAUUUCCUCUGAAAUGAAGAGGAAUAUCGUUUAUGGUAUGUCUGGAGCUGAAUUUCAUCGGCUUCUUGCAAAGAUUAGAGCUCUUCAUGGGCUGAUAUGCAAGGAUAUUCAAGACUCUUAUAGGAUAAAGGAAGCUUGCAAUAUGUGGAUUAAAGGAGAAAUAGAUAGGAAAAUUCCAUUUCAAGAGAAACAUGUUCUGCAGCAGGCGUCGAUUCUUGGAAACAUGGAGGAAUUUGGAGUGCUGAGGAAUUAUGAUGGAGGGGAACAAUGUGAGGGUAACAGAUCGUGUGGCAAUGAGGCUAAUGUUGCCCCUGCGGUAAUUGAGUUCGGGGCAGGAAGAGGCUACUUAACUCAAAUGCUUGCGGAUUGCUAUGGUAUAAAAAGGGUGCUUCUGGUUGAGCGGAAAUCGUACAAACUGAAGGCUGAUCGAUCACUGCGACAGAAGGAGAGCUUGGUUUUAGAGCGUUUGCGAAUCGACAUUGAGGAUCUAAACCUGAACGCUGUUGAAUCUUUGAGGCAUAAUCCUUACUUGGCCAUUGGCAAGCAUCUCUGUGGGCCUGCAACAGAUUUGGCUCUCAGAUGUUGUCUUACCAAACAAUCCAAUCAUGUCAAUACUGAACAGUGCGGAGAUAGGCCGAAAUUGAGAGGUUUGGCUAUAGCGACAUGUUGUCAUCACCUUUGUCAAUGGAAGCAUUACACAAAUAAGAGAUACUUAUUAGAACUCGGAAUCACGAAAGAAGAAUUUCUUGCUAUUACAUGGUUCACUAGUUGGGCAGUGGAUGCUAAUCACAGUGAAGAUAUUUCAGAUGGUGCCGACUUGAAAACGUUUCUUCAAUCUAGUGAAAAUGAAGGCGAUGGAAUGAACGGAAGCACGGUAGAAGACAUUGCUAGACAUAUGAAUCCAGUGGAAAGAGCAGUCCUGGGAUUUAUGUGCAAGGAGAUUAUUGAUAUGGGAAGACUAAUGUGGCUCAAGGAAUGUGGCUUGGAAACACAGCUUGUCAAGUAUGUCCCAUCUAGCAUCUCCCCUGAAAACCAUUUACUUAUUGCUAAAUGCAGAAAUAUUUGUGCUGCUUAGAUGCUCUAAUUGAAAAUUUCUUGAUUUAUCAUGAGAAAGUCAUUUGUUGAAGCA